UGCAUUUAUUUAACCACUGUUCUCGUUCGCCUGUUCGGUGGGUCAUUAGUCAUUGCUUUGAAUGAAUUUUGCCAUUGCUAGUUGUGCGUGUCGAAUAACUGUGUUGUUUAGUUGUGCUCGGAGUUUAUAUUAUUGUAUUUAGUGUGUAAUAUACUCUAUCAAAAUGAAAAACAAAUCUGCGCAAUAUAAGUACUGUAUAGUGCCAGGAUGCCAAAGCACAACUGUCAGAACAUCCAACAAACAUUUUUUUACUCUACCAGUAGAACCAAAACGUCGAUCAAAAUGGCUAAAAGCAUGCAGGCGAGAUAAAAAGGAUAUUUCACAAAGUAGUAAAGGUCUUUAUGUGUGUGAGGAUCAUUUCGAUUUGGAACGAGACAUGGCUAACUAUAUGAAAUUCAAGAUUAUGGGUGGUCCCAAAAUUAUUAAGUCAGGUGUUGUCCCACACAUAUUUGAUUGUCAACCAGACAGAAAACGGGGUUUCAACAACGUCAAGAAGGACAUUGGUCAUGAUGACAUCGAACUCAACGAUGUAGAUCACUCUUCUACACGUUUUGGGCAAUCGACCAAUAAGGAUUCUGAGACGGAACCGGAGCCCACCUUGAACUAUACAGAAAAACUUAUUUCAGCCAUCGAAAAAAGAUCAAAAGAGAGAAAUUCAAUGAUCCAACAACUACUGCAAUUGAAUACUGAAACUGACGAAAUGGAUUUAUUUUUUAGAAGCAUUGCAAUGACUGUAAAGAAGUUUCCUGGUCACUUACAACGACGAGCCAAAAUGCAAACCCUAACACUGAUUUCAAACAUUGAAUCAGAGAUGUGGUCUUCAGGCCCGGGUAAUUCUGCAAGUGCUUUUGCACAAGAAAUGCACUCUCCGUCAUCGUGUUCCAAUACGAUAUACACUGAUACAGUUCCAUUGCAUUUUUCCAGGGGUUUCUGCAACGGCAACGUCAAAGAGGACAUUGGUCAUGAUGACAUCGAACUCAACGAUGUAGAUGACUCUUCUACACUCUUUGAGCAAUCGACCAAUAAGGAUUGUGAGACUGAACCGGAACCACCAGCCAAGGAACCACGACGCAAAGAGCCCACCAGAAGGAAAAAUAUGAAUUAUAGAGAAAACCUUAUUUCAGCCAUUGAAAAAAGAUCAAAAGAGAGAGAUACAAUGAUCCAACAGCUACUGCAAAUGGAUACUGAAACUGAUGAAACGGACUUAUUUUUUAAAAGCAUUACAGUGACUGUAAAGAAGUUUCCUGGUCACUUACAACGACGAGCCAAAAUGCAAACCCUAACACUGAUUUCAAACAUAGAAUCAGAGAUAUGGUCUUUAGGCCCGGAUAAUUCUGCAACUACUUUUGCACAAGAAACGCAUUCUUCGUCAUCGUGUUCCAAUAUGAUAUACACUGAUACAGUUCCAAUGCAUUUUUCCAGGGAUUUCUGCAACGGCAACGUCAAUGAGGACAUUGGUCACGAUGAUAUCGAACUCAACGAUGUAAAUGACUCUUCUACAAGUCUUGAUCAAUCGACCAAUAAGGAUUCUGAGACAUAACCGGAACCACCAGCCAAGUAACCACGACGCAAAGAGCCCACGAGAAGAUAAAAUAUGAAUUAUAGAGAAACCCUUAUUUCAGCCUUUAAAGAAAGAUCAAAUACAAUGAUCCAACAGCUACUGCAAAUGGAUACUUGAACUGAGAAAACGAAUUUAUUUUUUAGAAGCAUUGCAAUGACUCUAACGAAGUUUUCUGGUCACUUACAACGACUAGCCAAAAUCCAAACCCUAACACUGAUUUCAAACAUUGAAUCAGAGAAGUGGUUUUCAGGCCCGGGUAAUUCUGCAAGUGCUAUUGCACAAGAAAUGCGAUCUCCGUCAUCGUGUUCCAAUACUGCAUACACUGACACAGUUCCAUCGCAUUCUCCCGAAGCGAAUAUUAGCGAUGUCCUAGAACCAUCUAUCCAACUAGAUUUUUAAUCUUGCGUCAAUGACAAUACUUGUACGCAGGUCAAUAAAUAACUUAUCUGAU